AUGUUUUCAUGGCCAAAUAUCGGCAAGAUACGCCAAGAUUCUAACGCCAUCAUCCAACAGAAGGUGGACUUUCAGGGCAAAAGGAAAUCGAGAAAUUCGAUUGCUAUGGCUAUAUGCUACUGUUUUUUAUCAAGAAAGUCCAACUUCUGUUUCUUUGCGCUCUGGGCGGUUGAAAUUGUUGCUGGGCAGCCGAAAACUGAACCCCGUGAAGUGGAUGCUAUCAACAAGAUAAUUGACCAUUGGAAUCUGAGGAGUAAGCUGAAUUUAACUGGUGACCCCUGCAAUAAAAAUGCCACUUGGGCUCCUGAGUCUGCUAAUCCAAGAAUUGCUUGUGAUUGUUCUGACAGUGUCUGCCACAUAACACGCUUGAAAAUCUAUGCUUUAGAUAUCUCUGGUGAGAUUCCUCAAGAACUGUUCCUGCUCACAGAAUUGAUGGAUUUGGAUUUGAAUCAGAACAUGUUGAACGGGUCCAUUCCGUCGGCCUUAGGGCAGCUAUCAAACAUGCAAUAUCUGGCUUUUGGCAUUAACAAUUUCACAGGUCCAGUGCCUGCAGAGCUUGGUAAUCUCACCAAGUUGAUCGUCUUAAGUUUCAGCUCAAACAAUUUGGAAGGAAUCUUGCCUCCUGAACUCGGAAAUUUGGCCUCCUUACAGCAGCUGUACAUUGAUAGCAGUGGAGUGAGUGGACCAAUUCCAGAAGAACUUUCAAAUUUGAAAUCACUCCAAACUCUGUGGGCAUCUGAUAAUGGUUUCACCGGAAAAAUUCCAGAAUUUUUGGGAAGUUUCACUAAUCUGAAAGACCUGAGACUGGAAGGAACGAACCUCGAAGGACCAAUUCCAAGAAGCUUUGGUGCCCUGACCAAGCUGCAGGACUUGAGAAUUGGCGAUCUUAGUGGUGGUGAUAGUUCUCUUAAUUUCUUGGAGAACAUGACAAGACUCUCCACUUUAUCAUUACGAAAUUGUCGCGCUAAUGGCCAAAUUCCAGAGAAAAUAAGCUCUUUCCCCAACCUGAAGUUCUUGGAUUUGAGUUUCAACAAGCUAACAGGUCAAAUUCCAGCCUCUUUUAAGAACUUCUCGUCACUACAAUACAUGUAUUUGGGAAGUAAUAACCUUAGUGGGGAUUUACCUUCUGAAAUUUUAGGUUCAGAAUUGUCAGAUCUUAUUGCCUUAGACGUCUCGUUUAAUCCUCUCACUGGCAAGGUCCCGCGAGAGAGGAAAGGCAUGUCAAUAAAUGUGGUUGGGACUUCAAUUGAUAAUCCCAAUUUGAAUAACAAGAAAGGAGCCACUGAGUUGCGUUGCAUUACAGGAAAUAGCAAGUGCAAUAUCAAAAACCUCUCCACUUCAUUUGCUGUCAACUGUGGUGGACAAAAAAAGAUAUCCACAGACGGCACCACGUUCGAGGCCGAUUCUGAAACUUUAGGAGCAGCCUCGUUGUAUUUGAAUCCCGAUGGCCAGUUUGCAGUUAGCAGUGCCGGGAUAUACAUUUCCAAUCCAAACGGGCCCCAGUACAUAGCCAAGACACUAUCUCAAAUAACCAACACAUUGGAUUCUGAACUAUAUCAGACGGCUCGGAUAGCACCCUCCUUGAGGUACUUCGGGCUUGGGCUGAAGAACGGAGUGUACCGAGUUGAACUUCAUUUUGCUGAGAUACAGAUGCCUGAUUCGGGUUCUGCUUCUUGGAAAGGUCUAGGCAGGCGAUUAUUUGAUGUCUAUAUUCAGGGUGAAAGAGUUCUUCAAGAUUUCAAUAUAGCAAAAGAAUCUGAAGGAUCAAAGAAUGCCCUGGUUAAGAAAUUCAAGGCUAACGUGACAAACACCGUUUUGGACAUUCAUCUCCUCUGGGCCGGGAAAGGGACUUGCUGCAUCCCGUUCCAGAGCACGUUUGGCCCUUUAAUCUCUGCCAUCCGAGUUUCUCAAGUGCCCGAGUUUGAGGAUUUACCAAAGAGUGGCAAAACACAUGUCGGAUGA